GGGGAACGUCGUGGUCGGGGGUGAUUAUAGAAGACGACUCUACGAGUGGAGAGGCGUCGGGAGACGAGAGCAGCCGCGGCCCUCGCGGUAUCGAAAGGAAAAAUCCCUGACCCUCCCCAUAUCAAAACGGGAUUUCUGAUGCUGGAUUUUUUGUGUACUACACAAAUCAGCUUUGUGUUUGUACUUAUUGUAGAGAGGCACUGCAGCCAGAUCCCCCGGCUAGGCAGGGGCGCAUGGGUCUAGUUUUUCAGCAUGACAAACGGCUCCCCUUUGGGCCGAACAGCAUGGAAAGUCGCUCUCUUAAUGGGGCGGAAGGCUUCUGCCCUUGUCUUUCUGCAAGAUAAACGCGAUGUGUGGCCUCAAGUCAGCGAGGCAAAUUUUCGGACACGGGACUUUCAAAUAUGGGGAGGGGGAUUUUUUCUUACGAUACGCGGCUUGCCAUCUUCUGCAGGUGAUUACGGUUGUGCCGCCGGUAAUCCCCCCUCUCCAUAUCGAAAACGAAAUUUGUGAUACUGUAUUUGCGUACACAAAUAAUGCUAGAAGGCCAAGAAACGCAGCUGUGGCCGCCUCGUUUGCAGACAAUUUGUCAUGCUGUUUCCCACUUCCAGCUGCCCCCUGUCAUGCUGAAGAUGCAAGGCUUUCCAACGCUAGUAACCCACCACAGUCCGCAUCUUUUCCCUUUUAGCAUGACAAAGCUGAUUUGUGGCCACAUAUCUGCAUCACAAGUUUCUAGUUUGAGACAGGUAGUUCAAGUUCGCUACGGCGGGCCGCUUUGCUGUCCCCAGAGGAGACGUACCUCGACGUCAGUAGCAUCCCCGAAAUGCCUUUUGAACCGUCGUGCACGCGGCUGCUACACUGUCAAGAACGCGCCCGCCAGCACACAAAUCAACAAGCCGGUCAGGUUCAGGCGGUCGCUCUGGCGACGACCACCCGCCGCCGCACCGACGAGUACGAGCGAGACGAACACAUCAGCAGGAGCAACAUCACGCGCUCCGUCCGGCAAGUGCAGGUGCGGCCGCACGGGCGCCCGGGUAGUAGAAGUCGAAGGCGAACAAGCCUUCGCAAUUCUAAAGCGGCCUUGGCAAAUGCAAUGCUUCGUGAGGUUGUGAGCGUUGUCGUGGGGGACGCGUGGGCCGCACUCAGUGUUGAGGCGACCAACCCUGUAACGCUUGAGGCCGUGGUCGGUUCGGCGCGGAAGCUGCGCGCAUUUCUCCGGGCGGUGGCCGCGCUGUUCUUCACGGCCGAGUGGAGAGUCUCGAUGCACCGCGGGACCCAAAAACAAGAACAAGAACAACGCAACAUCCUAGACGACGCAGAAGUCCUUGCAGACCGCGUGAAGGCUGACCUCCUCGGCGCUCUUGCAUUCGCAGACACGACGCUCGUUUUCAACCCCGAUAACAAGCUGACGCGAGGCAUCCGCGGUCCGCAGAGAUGGACCGGCUCAGCCACCAGAAGCGUUGUCUGGAAAUACCAAAAAUUGUUGAACAGGACAGGCUAUCAAGUGCAAAUAUGUCUGGGUCUGGAAGGAUGCAUGUUUGAUGUUGUCAUGCUUGAUAUCUAGCAUGACUCUUCAAUCUGUCCUGCGCGUUACUUACUUACCCAAGAGCCCCAUUUUGAUCUUUCUGUCAUAGAGAAAUGCAGUCUGUCAUGCAGAAUAGGCAACACCUAGAACAAGCUCAGAAACUUGUCAUGCUGGGCCAGCACUUGUGGCUUCCUCAUGAUAAGGACCACGACACCCAGCAUCACAAGUUUAUUUUCCAGACCCAGACAUUUUUGCAUUUGAUACAGGCCGCUCCGCUCCUUCGGGGAGCGGGCUCCCAUGCUGGGCGACGGUUUCACAAGUCCAGGUGUGGGCGGCAGAUUUCCGUCGGAGGUAUUCACAGGCAGCGCUACGCGCUGCAGGAAGCUACGGACUAUACGUUGCGCCACCUGAUAUUGUCCACGCGUGCGCGGCUAAAGAUCCGGCAUUCCGGCUGCGCUUUUCCGACGUCGGCCGUGCUGGAGAGCUGGUCCCAGGUCGCGCGGGUCCAGGUGGACCAGGGCCGCAUUAUCAAGUUGCCACCUUCUUGUUCGGCGCCGCAGCCGAGCAGCCGCUCAGCGUGAGCCACUUCACGCAGAGGUUGGCAAGGCUAGAGCGAGAAGAGGUAAAAAACCGCGCCGCGGUCCCCGGUCUGGUCGGCUCUUCGCCUACUAGUACUUGUUCCGGCACAGCUUCUAGACGCUUACCAGGGCCGCCAGGGAGGUCGCGGAGGUCUCGGUCUCCCCAGCCGCGAAAGCGAAGCACAGAAGUGCUAUCCUGUUGUAAAAACGCCCCCACCUCCCCAGAGUUGCAUGCUGAAAAUAUUUCUCAACAUGCGGAGCCCGCCCAUGAGAGGCAUUUAUUUCUAGUCCUCGUGUUUCGGAAUUUGUCAUGCUCCAAUCAUCAUGAUUAUAUGCUAGAUCUGUGAUGCCGCUGAAGUAGCUAAACACAGAAACUACACUACGAGGCGAAACUUGUCAUGCAUAACCCCCAAGACUUGGAGAUUUGUGUUGCAAAUUUCCCAUCUUGACUCUGGUGUGGGGACGUUUUUCCUCAGGAUAAGUGCCUCAAGUUCUUCACCACCUCGCCGGAAAAGUGCUGAACACCUUCGCCCAACUCCUAUGGAUUGUAAAAAUGUCUGGGUCUGGAAGAUUGCGAGAUUUGUCAUGCAUAUUUCGGAUCACGCAAAUGGCGUCUGAUGCAGGCAAAAGCAUCACAGGUUUUGCGCACGCCUCAUGAUGCCUGUAGUCCCGCAUGAGAAACUUCCUACUUGCGUGCCAAGAAAUGGACAGCUCCUGGUGCUCAUGCAACACAAAUCCAGAGUUUGCAUCACAACAGUAGUUCCAACCCUUCCAGACCCAGGCAUUUUUACAUUUGAUAACUCCGAGUGGAGUCUUACGUCCAGAGUGAGUGGUCCGAACUAUCCUGGACGGAGAACCUUUCGCCAGGAGAGCGCGUGAAGGCUGCGAGAAAGGUUGAGGAGAAUCUCGGGGGGCUGCUUCAGGCAUACCUGGGAGAUGAAAAUGCUUCUGGAUUCCUCGACGAGAAAAAAAUCAUGUACGGGCUGAUCUACCUCGACCGAGUGCUCGACAAGUACCGAUGUGAUCUGACCGGAGACGACGAUGACGAGGACAGCAGGGGUAGCACUUCUAGCAGGGAUCCUCACGACGAGGCGGAUCGUUUGCGCGAAGAGGAAGACAUAGAUAUCAAAGGGAUUGUAGCAAAGUCGGACGCCCGCAUAAAAAAAGAGUUGGAAGCUAGAGGAGCAGCAUAUGCAGCUGCACAACGUGAACUUGGAGAAGAGGAAGUAAUGCGGGAAGUAUCGUAAGAAAAAAUCCCAUAUUUUUGAAAAGCUUUGUUUCCGAAGAUUUGCGUUGCUCCUUUGAGGUCAGAAUAAACCGCCUUUGUCUUGCAAGAAGACAAGGGCAAGUAGCAGCUUCCGCCCUAUUCAGAAAGUGAUUUGUCAUGCUGUCCGGCCUGAAGGGGGGCCGUUUUCCAUGCUGAACAACUAGACCCAUCAGCUCUCACCUAGCCUGGGAACCUGGCCGCAAUGCCUCUCUGCAGUACUAGUACAAAGCUGAUUUGUGUACACAAAUCCAGCAGCAGAAGUUCCGUUUUGAUAUAAAGAGGGGGGAUUUUUGCUUUCGAUAAGAAGUAGGAGGACUACAUGCCCCCGGUGAAGCUGCUGCGCACGAGGGGGCCGCCGCCGCGUCUCGGCUGCAGACAGCACGGCAAGGUCUUGGGCUAUCAUUUGUAAAAACGUCCCCACGAGGACCCCAGAAUCAAGUUGGGGAAGAUUUUGCGACACAAACCUUGAAGUUUUGGGAACUACUACCACGCGUGACAAAGUGCAGGCUGUAGUGUAGUGCAGUUUAGCAAGGAAAGCCGCAUAGCAAAUCCAUCUACUCAUCCUGUUUACAGCAUUACAAGUUCCAAAACACCAUUGGAAAUGCCUCUCAUCAUCAGGAUGCGCAUUACAAACGCUUUUGUGCUUGCAGACAUCUCUGGGGUGGGGAUGUUUUUACACAGGAUUUGGGCGAGGUGAUUUUUACACAGAAGAUGGCCUCGACGACGAUGGUGCAGCCUCCGACAUCUCGUCCUCUGCAGCGGCUAGUCACAGCGAAAAGCAUGGAACUCUUGCUACCGUGCGGUUUCGGCAAUUGGUCACAGAUUGGAGCCGCGCCUUUCCGCAGCGCGAACGGAGUGGGGCGACCCGCUGGACAGAAGUUCUUGUUGAUGGUGUUCCUAGGACCACCACCACCUCCAGCACUGCACGAGAUGAGCCUGCUCCUCCUGGGAAUACUCAUGAUCAUGCUGAUCGGGAUCACGCUGCCAAGAUGAAGAACAUGGCGGGAUCAUUAGGCUUUCUGCUUUUGCCUCCAGGCUCUCGUGUCGUUGAGCCUGGACGAACUGCCGCGUUUGAAGCGGACGAACAAGUAGAGGGAAACCACGGCGAGCAGGAUGUUGAAACUACUAGCACGCGUCUAAUGCGGGAGGGGCUAAACCACCCGACGGGCGGGGCCGGGGCCGUUGCGCGACGACCAGCACCUUCUGCCGACUACUCCGCUCGCCUGCUUCUGGACGUCAGAAGGCAGCUUCUAGGACUCCACCCUUCUCGUGCACCAGCGGGUCUCGAAGUAGAACAAGAACUACAUGCUGAGACGUUGAGGGAUCGAAAAAAGCCGCAGUCUGCGGGGGAAGAGUUCGGAAUUGGAAUUCUCCUGCAUCCGGAGCUAGAAGUGGCUCUGCUGGCACUCAGUUUGGCCUUUCUUCCACUGGACGAAAGAGGCAGAAUUCGUCAAACACCACUCGCCAGCUCUGCUUCGUCGGCCACCACCUCCACCUCGGCGGCCAGGUCGUUCUGGAAACAUGUAUUUCUUUUCGACGCCGACGAGGACCUCGCGCGGGCGCAGAAAUGGAUGCUCCGGAAAAUGGACCGGCUCAGUUUGCGAUCUUUUAGUACCUUGCGGUCGCCAGUAGAGGAAGGCGUCGCUCUGGUUGCGCCAGUAGCGGUAUCUGAUCACGAAUACACAGCCUACGAGGCCCUCUUCCGGGAGAGUCCUUUCCCACGCAUAGGGAUGCGGGAGAGAGAGCUUGACGCGCAGGAGGUGUAGCUGCAGUUGAGCUGCGAGGUCCUCGGGAGCGAUGAACACGUUGAAAUUUCGGAAAAGACAAAUUUUACACCUGCCAUGCACCGAUUUUAUUUUUAAAAAAUACAUUGUACAGACCUCGCCCUAUUCUUAUGUAAGAAAAAGCCACAAGAUACAAAAAAAUAAAGAGAAAAUCAAAAAACACAAAAAAAUAUGUAGGGCUAGCAAAAAACAUUGUUUGUUUGUUGCGAGUGGUCACAUGGAACCGGUUGAAAGAAAUUCUUUCUUCUCAUGUGUCUAGCGCUAUUUCAAUAAAAACACAACCUGGCGGAGCUGCUUUGGCACCCGUCUUAGAAAAACUGACUUCUGCUGAGAACCUUAAACUCCAGGAAAAAAUAAGCUAAAACAAACUGAAGGCUCUCGAAAAGGGAAAAAGAUAAAAGCGGUCGUAACUCAAAAACGUGUUUUUCAGAAAAAGAUAAAAGCGGUCGUAAAGCAAAAAACAUAAAAACAAGGAGAAAGAGCACAAAGCGGCCCGUGCUCAGCAAAAAAAUAAGAUAACAAAAAACACAAAAAAAUAUAUAGGGUCGUAGCCAAAUAAACAUAAAAGCAGCACAGUGCGGCCCGUGCUGAUAAAAAAGUAAAAAACAUUAAAAAGCGGCUCUGAUAGUAUUUGUUUUCGUAAGUAAAAGUCAGCUAGCGGAAUUUAGUCUAAGAGCUGCGUCUCCGUGCUGAAAUUCGGGCUUAUUUGUCGGCGAAAAAUCUACCACAUCACUUCUCUGGGAUGUUAGCGCGCUAUUUUAGACCAUCACUCUUGAGUUUUGGACUUUUUUAGACGGCUAGCGUCGAUCGUGCUAUUUGAGGCCAUUGCUUCCAUGUUUUGGGUCUUUUUUAGACGACUAGCGUCGAUCGUAGCGUUUAUAGCUUUAUGAAGUGCGUUUUCGUAUGAGAGUCGGGCGUUUUCGCAGCGACAGCUCCUCGUAACUUUAGAAAGCUAAGAGACCGCUCGAUGUUCCGUAUUUGGGUCGUGCGACACAAAAGAAAAGCGAACUGAGAGCACCGACGAACUUUUAUGCGGGCCGUAUCACAAUUUUCUUUCCGCUGAACACACAACAGCGAGCGUUUUGAAGAAAAAAGCGGAUGCUCAUUCACACUUUCACCAAUGAAAAACCGACAAUAGCCACAGCGAAGCUGUUACUUGAAAACUGUACUUGACGAGCG